AUGGUCACAAGUCAGUUGCAUUGCAAACGCGCCGGACUGGGGCACGUCACUUCGCAACCAGCAGACGACCCGUCUGCAAAGAAGAGAGAGGGCAGAGGCGACACGAUGCCCAAGUCCAACAGUCGGCGUCUCGACAAGGACGAGAAAAACGUCCUGCUUCACCUCCUGCAGGCGCCCAAGCUGACCAACUGCGAUAUUGCCCGCAUUUUGAAGGUCGACGAACGCACCAUCAGCCGUCGGAGGAAGCAGCUCAGGACCCUUGGCCACCUGAGCCCCGAGAGGAAUGUCAAAGGCGCAGAGAAGCUCCACGAGUGGCAGCUCGAGAGAGUCAUCGCCCUCCUCGACGAGAACCCCGACCUCCAGCUGAAGGACAUCAAGGACUUCCUGCAGACCGAGUACGAUCUCAGCGUCACCGUGUCCACCAUCAGCCGCCAGCUUUCCAGAGCAAAUCACGCCCGGGCCAGGAGGCCAGGCUACAAAGGCAAACGGCCCGACCUGCAGCUCCCGGAACCACCGCUCUCCGCCCAGGACCAGCCUCAGUAUGCCUUCGCCGACGCAGCAGUCGGCGAGCAGCCGCGCCAGAGCCAGCCUCAAGCCGCCACUGACUUGCAGCCCACGGAGGCUCUGCAGCAGGAACGCCCGCUCAUGCUGAAAUGUCCCUACUUCGCGGCCAACCCUCAGCGAUACAUGAGCCACCCCUACUGCCAGAGCGCCUGGCCCACAGCUCGUGAUGCAAGAGACCAUGUCGUGCGGCAGCAUUCCGUCCCCACGUUUAGGUGUAACCGCUGUAUGGAUCACUUCGACGACAACACGGCGCUUGUCUUGCACCACAGGGCGCAAGAGCCUUGCCCGCUGCGCGAGUGGGUGGUGCCCGAGGGCGUCGAUGAAGAACAGAAGGAGAAGCUACGGAGGAUAGGCCAGGGCGACGAGGUCGAAAAGUGGAAGAGGAUAUUCCGCAUUGUCUUUCCAGAGCUUGAGGACAUGCCCAAUCACCUGUUUUAUGAGCCUGCAUAUUUUACAGCUAUUGACCCUACCUUGGGGGAUCUCCCUCAGCCAGGCCAGGCAGGCCAAGCGGUAGGGUCGGCGGCAGUAGCUACCACUGAAUAA